CAACAAGCGUCGCAGCAACAGCAGCAGCAGCAGCAACAACAGCAGCAGCAGCAGCAGCAACAGCAAUCGACUGCAGCAGCAGCUGUGCCACCGCCGCCGCCGCCGCUUGCCUCCUUGGCAACGCUGCCCAGUCAGGCGACCACUGCAGCGGCAACUAUUUUGGGCAGCAGCAGCAACAACAACAACAACAGCAGCAGCAACAACACUUGCCAGCAACAGCAGCAACAACAGCAACAGCAGCAAUUGCAUGCGCACAACAACAACACAUUGCCAGCAGCACCGCAGCAACAGCAGCGCGGCACUCUGCAACAUCCGCCGCUGCCCAACAGCAACAUCAAGCAAGCCUCUGUCAAACUGAUCGAGGGCUACUCAGAUCCGAAGGACACGCGCCACCACGGCCAGCACAAGAAGGUCUAUCACAAGAAGGCCAAGCGUCGCUCGGCGCCAUUGCACAAGCAGCGCCAGCAUCAGCAGCAGCAGCAGCAGCUGCAAACCUUGCCAACACCGCGCGGACAUCAGCAGCAAUUGCAGCAGCAGCAGCAGCAACAGCAACAGUUGCUGCAUCGCCAUUCCACGUACAACAACAACAACGGCAAUCACAAGAAGGACAAACGCAACAGCCACUACAAUUCAGAUUCCUCGGCACCCAAGUCCUCUGACGAGGAGGCGGACAUAGACGAGGAGGUAGAGCGUACGGCACCGCCAGCAGCAGCAGCAGCCGGAACCGGAACUGGCGUCGCAGCUGGGGACUUGCUCAAUUCACCGGACAGCAUCUCGGAUGAUCUAGUCCGUCCGCUGCCCGCUCAACUGCAGCGCAGUCCACGCAAAUUGACGGUCGCCCAGGCGGAGCACAGCAAGCGACAGCCGUCGCCGUACUACUACUCGGACUUGCUCAAGACUCGCGACAAGGAGGAGGAGGGCAGGAAGCCGACGCUCGAGCGGGAGCGCGAGGCGAAGCAAAAGUGCCGCCAGUCCACGGCCAGCGAGCCGCCGCAGCAGACUCUCACGCAGCCCCAUCGACUGGGCGGCUAUCGCAAGAGCAGCAGCCUCGAUGCGCCACAAUCCCAGCAGCAACAGCAACAACAACAACAGCAACAGCAGCAGCAGCAAGAGGAGCAACUGCAGCCGAAGGGAGAGGAGGCAGAACUAGACAACGAUCCAGUCGAGCUCGAGGAGGCCACGUGCCUGACCGAGCAGUCGACGCCGAAGCGCUACAGCUUCACGGAGGAGGGCGUACGCAUCAUACGCUGUGAGACGCCCAGCACCAGCACCUCGGAGGAGUCCGACUGCAGCGAGUGCCUGAAGCGACGCGAGUGGCACGCGCGUGCCUUGGCGCUGGUGCGCAAGACGUGCAACGUCCAGCCGCGGCAACAGUUGCCCAUUGGCAGCGGCGAGUUGCAGUUGCAGCUGCAACAUUGCGACGCCGGCGAGGGGGAGCUGCUCAAGUGCUGUCCGCCAGCAAUCGGAGGAGUGGGAGUAGGAGUAGGAGGAGUGGGCGUGGGCGUGGGAGAUUUAGCGUGCGAGUCGAUGCCGCCGCACCGCCUGCUGGGCCCAGCAGCCGUGUGCGGAGCCUGCAUACCGACGCCCAACAAGACGAUUGGACUGGGCCACGGCGAUGAGGACCAGCUGGAUGAGCUGGAGGAGUACUUUAGGCCACGCAGCAUAUUCUACGUGCAUCCGCAUGGCGUGCACGAAUGCGUCGAAUGUGCGCCGCCAAUUAAGCUAGAGGAGCAGCAGCAGCAGCAGCAAACAACAGGCGUGAAAGAGCAGGAGGAGCAGCAGCAACAGGAAGAGGAGGAGGAAGAGGAGGAGCAGGAGGAGGAACGGGAGGAGGAAGGUGAGGAAUACGAUUCCGACAACAUGGCCAGUCGACGCCGUCAAAUCUAUGAGACGGCCUUCGAUUGCAAGAUAGCCAAGUCAGACGAUGAUCUCGAUGAGGUGGAUCGCAUCACCAAUCACUCGGUCUUGCUGCAGCUCAACAGCAAUACCAACAGCAACAGCAACAGCAAUGGCAACGAGCUAUCCGUGCCGUCCAAGUCGCUAAGCAAAAGCCGUCUCGAAUGCAAACGCGCCAAGAAUAGCAAAAAUCAGGCGCUGCAGCAGCAGCAGCCACAACAGCAGCAGCAACAGCAGCAGCAGCAGCAGCAGCAGCAGCAACAACAGCAGCAGCAGGAGUCGCCUGAUGGACAGUGUCAGGUGGUGCUGCAGGUGCAGGCAGAGCUCAGUCAGCUGCAGCUAAGCCAAACAGCAGAUCAGCAGAAUCAGAAUCAGCAACAGCAACAGCAGCAGCAGCAGCCGCAGCAACAGCAGCAGCAGCUGCCCACGCGUGGGUACACGCCCUCGCCGCCUUCGACGGCGCCGCUGCCCAUCAAGUUUCCGGGCAAGCACGAGCGCUACAUGAACAGCAUAAAGAGCGCACCGAAUCUGCCAGCGACGCAGCCGGCGCAUCCGCGACUGCGCGACUUGCGGCUGCCCUUGCAGGCAUCGCUGCGCCAGCACCAGCAGCACCAGCAGCAGCAGCAGCAGCAACAGUUGCAUCUGUGCGCGAGCAGCAACGACAACAGUCUCACCGACAGCGCCUACGUGAAUCCGCCCUCAACAAACUCGAACUCGAACUCGGCUGUUGCCUCCACCUCGGCUUCGUCGCGUCGCCCGCGCAGCUUUGUGCUGGAGUCGGGUCGCGUGCUGGAGCUGCGCCGCAGCGCCCAUCACCAUCAUCAUCAGCAGCAGCAGCAACAGCAGCAGCAGCAGCAGCAGCAGCAGCAGCAUGGCAAGCAGCAGCACUUGGCCAAGCCCAGGCACAACUACAGCUCCACCGAGAGCAUUGCCACCUCCUCGAGCGGCGGCAGCAUGGAGUCGUUGCGCAGCAGCACCAGCGAGGGCAAUCGCAGCACCUCCAGCUCGGAGUCGCGCCACUCCAGUUCGCUCAGCUCGCACAGCUCCGAGAGCAGCAACAGCAAUAGCAACAGCGCCAGUGCCAGCGCCAGUGCCAGCGCCAGCGCCAGCUCGAGUGUCGCCUAUCCGCUGCGCGCUCCGGUGCUGCUGCACUCCAAGCUGCACAUACUCAGCCCCAUAUCGGACAAGUCCUCGCAGGAGCCGGCCUCCGAGCAGUCGCAGCAGCCGGCGGCAACGGCAGCUGCCGCUGCGAGCCUGCAGCAGGAGGAGGCCUCGGCAGAGGCUGCGGCCGCUGCGGCUGCUGCUGGCAGCUCGUCUGUGCCUGUCCAGCUGCUGGUGAAGCAGCAGCGCAGUGGCAGCCAGCGGGCAGCGGCGGCGGCGGCGGCUGCGGCUGCGGCGCCCAACAAGGCGCUGCUGCACCUGGCCGACGAGCUGCUCGGCUCGGACAGCGGCAUCUCCUUGCACUCGCGCGAGGAUGGCAAACCAACGACUCUGGCGCUGCAGCGCCUGACGCUGCCCAAGCUGCAGCUGGGCAAUGGCAGCGCCGCAGAUACGUCCUCGUCGGCGGCAGCGGGCAUCUCCUCGGCGGCCGCAGGGGCUGGCGGCGGUGGCGGUGCAGCUGGAUCCUCGGCGCUGCCGCAGGAGCUACGCGACUUGCCCUUCGACAUGCCCAAGCUGCGACGCCGCAAGACGCUGCAGCAGGAGGCGGCCUGCACCUCGGGCAGUGCCACCUCCGUUGACCUAGGCGAUCUGCCCUUCGACAUGCCCAAGCUGCGCAGGCGACUGCGCGCCAACCAGGCGGAGAUCAAUAAUCUGCUGAUGCACAGCACCGAAUCUAGCGGUAUUUCCCAGGCAUCCUCCAGCCAUUCGAUGCGCGACGAGCAGAAGCUGGCCAGCAAGUUGGACACAGCGCUGUUCCGUCAGAAUCUGACAUUGAAUCUGAAUGAGCCGCGCCAGGUGAACAAACAGUUUGGCAGUCUAGAUCUGCGUGGAUUGAGCAGUCACAAGGAGCUGAACAUGAAUCUGGGCCAGGGCUACGUAACGGCUGUCGAUCUAAUAGAUGUGACCAUACCACUAGAGCGUCAAGGCUGGUACCAUGGCGCUAUCACACGUAUCGAGGCAGAGACAACGUUGCGUCCUUUGGCCGAGGGCUCGUUUCUGGUGCGCAAUUGCGAGUCCACCAAGCAGGACUAUUCCCUAUCGCUCAAAGGCGCCAAGGGCUUCAUGCACAUGCGAAUACAGCGCAACGAGGCGGGGCAAUAUAUCUUGGGCCAGUUCAGUCGACCCUUCGAAACGGUGCCCGAUAUGAUACGGCAUUUCUGUCUGAAUCGCUUGCCCGUCCGUGGAGCAGAGCACAUGUGUCUGAUUGAGCCGGUUAUAGCGCAGCUGCUGUAAACUAACAGAGCUGUUAACGCAACUAUGUUAACCUGAGAGAUGUCAAAGCCGCGCACGGCCAGAGAAAGCAACAUACAUAUUGAUAUAUAGCAUAUAGAGACAGCUCUAGAAAUCUACUCUUUAUACAUACAUAUAGCGUGUAUAUCGAUCGAUGUGCCGAUGCCGAUCCAUAUAUAUGCAUUAGUCUAUAUAUGCUCUAGUCUUAAUUACAAAUUGUUUCUACUCAUCUCACUCUGUUAUGCUCUCUAUGAAACUUGAUUUCGUAUCAAUUAGCACACUGAUUAUGUUAGAGCAGAGUAUUAGCGAGACACACGAACUAUGUAGCUUAGUAUUAAACAACAUGAGAGGAGGAAGGGGAAGGGGAAGGAGAAUGGGAAUGAGAAUAAGAAAGAAAAAACAAGUACGUAGCACUUUCAGACAAUACGAGAACAGAGCAGAUCGCAUAAACCAAAUAAAAUAUUUAUACACAAUAUACACGAUAUAUAUAAAUAUAAAUAUAUAUAUCUAACUAGAUCUAGAAAGCAAAAGAGCACUUGACAGUUGCUAGACGUAGUACAGACACUCACACACAUACGAUAUAUAUAUUUCUGUUUUUUUGUUCCAUUUUUUUUCGGUGUACUCGUAAACCACGAUAACAAUUUGAUAUCUAUUCGUAACUAGCGAUUAUCACGCGUAUAUUAAAUACUUGCAAAGUCUAAGAAUACUACGUAGAUUACACUAAUACAGCAAACCAAAACACAUACACACACACACACAAACACUCAGUGAUCAUGACUCACAACUCACAUUUGAAGCCUCGUUCACACGGCACGUUUACACGAUGUUUGCUUUUUUUGCGCUUUGUUCGUUGUCGACUCGAAAUGAAGGAAGAAGCUAACAAUUUGUUAAUUAAUUUUAUGUUCGAAACUAAUAUCUAUAUAUAUAUAUACACAUGGGUAUAUCGAUUAAUGUUAUCGAUAGUUAGAUUUAUCGUAACUUAUCUAGAAGGCGUAAUAACUUCAUAUAUAUAUACAUAUAUAUUUUUUUUCUAGUUUUAGGCCAGGCAGGCAAACGUAGAGCGCUCAAAGCGUUUUCGAUUAUUGAAUAUGAGUAGAACGAAGUCUAUCGACUAGGGCGCUAUCGUUAUCGUUAUCGAUAUCAAUAUCGUUUGGCAAGGAUAUAGCAACGCAUAUGAAAAACUUACGGUUUUAAGUGUUAGUUUCUAAUAACUCUCUCACACUUUCAGUCUCACUCUCUAUAUGUAGAGUCAAGCACGGGCUAAUUAAGCAUUAUAUAUAGAUCUAUAUAUAUACUACAUAUAUAAAUGUAUGAUAAUACAUAUAUAUCUAACACAAUAUUACGAGCAGUCAAUGGUUUUUUGGUUCCAGAGCAAAAGAAAACGAAGAAUGAGAAAAAAGAGAACAGAAAUGAAAGAGUUGGAUAAUUUCAGAUCUGACAGCAUUAUCUAUCUAUAUGUGCAAUAAAUGAGUUUUGUUUCGAAUGCAAAUUAUGUUUUUUAUGUGUGCCAAAAAGUAUUUAAGUAUUAUCAUUAUUAUUAUCAUUCUCAUUGUCAUUAUGAUUGCCAUUAUUCGAUAUAUUUUUAUAACUAGAGAUUUUUGUUAUUUGUUGUCUAAUUUGUAAGUCUGUCAACGCUGUGCAAUACGCAGACCAUUUUACCUUACCUUACUCUCUAUGCGUUUUACCACACUGCUUUUAUGUUAUGCAACACUGUCUCCAGUUAGAAAUGAGAGCCACAUCGAGUAUAUAUAUUUAUAUAUAACUAUUGAGUUAAGCUUGAUCCAGCUGCAAAGUUGUAAAUAUAUUUAUCUAUAUCUAACACACACACACACACACACACAUACAUCUUUAUACACAUAUAUACAAGCUAUACGAAAACCAAGAGUAUUUGAUUUGAUUUGCAAUACAAUUUUAAGCAUAAGACUUCCAUAUCUCCAUGCAUCAAAUUCAAUUUAAAAUAAAAAAAGCAAAAAUCUUAAGUAUAGCAAAAAAAAAAUAUUAUGUUGAGGCUUCCAGCAGGAGUAGGCAGUAAAAUGAAGGAUACAGCAGUAAGCGAGCGAGAGAGGAAGAGAGAGUGACAGAGAGAGAAAGAGAGAG